AUGCUUCCAGCCACGCCCCCCACCAGCCCGCCAUGUGUUCGGUCAUCCCGGCCCCAUGGCACCCCGUCCCUCAGUCGGAGUCUCUUCCACCCGGUUGUCGAGUCGAGUGAUCCGAAGUUGGACGUUGCCUUGGAAGGGCGCCAUGGCCAGGCGCUGCUGCAGGCCGGCCUGCACCCAUUGCACUCGGUGCAGGCAGAUGCCCCGAUCGGACGCCGGGUGUGA